AUGGGAUCUCGAAUAAUCUGCUCCUUCCUGGCAGUAGCCUUGUUACUACAUGUAGAAAGAACGACGAGUUUUUCUCCCAGGAUACCCCCUGCCACUUCCCACACCAGGAGGGUAACCCCCGCCGAUAGAAACAGCAAUGAAUGGCUACCCAAAUUCGUUUUGUUCGCAACCAAAAAGACUGAAGAUGACAGUGAGGAUAAUGACGAUGGCAAGAAAUUGAACGUGCCACAGGAUGAGGGAGAAUCCAACGAUAUCUCCUCCAAGAAAGAAAGCUUUGAUGCCGUCGCAGAUCAAGUCAAAGAAAUGAGGAAAAAGCGAAUUGGUAUGGCCGCCCGAUCCUUGGUCAACACAGGAGAUGAAGACGCUAAUGACAAUUCAGGGUUGCUCGAUAAACUCAACCCGUUUCAAGCGGGAAAGAACCUCAGAAAAAGUCUAGAUUCGGCAAUCACCUCUCUUGCCAGGGCCAGCAGUGGAUCGGGAGUGUCAUCACAGGAUGGACAGAAAUCCGUAUAUUACCUCGACGACCGAUUCCAAGAAUCAGGAGGAGCACUAUUUACCCAAGAGAGUAACCCAUACCUAUCUCGAUUGGAAGAAGAAAACUACGUUCCUGAGGUGCUCGUGGUGGGCGCAGCCGGAGAUGUUGGGCGGCUCGUUGUUCGAAGGCUACUCUUGGAAGGACGCUGCCGAGUUCGCUGUCUUGUCCCUGACUUGUAUUCCAGAACACUCAAUAUGCUGGGCACUGGUGUAGUCUACUGUCAGGGAGAUCUUAGCAACAUGGACAGCUUGGAAUAUGCACUGACAGAUGUCGACAAAAUCGUUUGUGUUGCGGGACCACCACGUGCUGACGAAGAGAGCUUGCAGGAUGAAAGCUUUCGGGAAAAAUUCCUUGGUUUUGCAAAAGAUAAUCUCAACGACAAUGACUCGACUGUCAGGAAAGUUUCAUCUUCGCCGAAAGACGUCGUCCAAUCCGAUCUUGCAUGGGAAAGGUUAGAAUCAGUGCUGGAGUUGAGGACGCAGUUAGCAGAGCAAGUAGACUUGGUAGGAAUGCAAAACUUGGUGAGAGCCUAUCAGAAUGUCAGAUACGCCGACUAUGGCACUUCGCAAGCUGCCAAACGAUCGCUCUUCAAGUUUCAGAGUCGAGAGCAAGAUUUUGCCUUGUUUGAUAUCGAUGACAGCGACAACAAUUCAGCAAAUGCAGCUUCUGUCAAAGAACCAUCUACUGCUAAAUCGGAUGCCGAUUCGUUGAAUGAAGCAAUCGAACCACAAUCUGCUGGGUACGCUGACGAGUACGAAGAAGCUGAUGACAAAUACGACAACUUGGACGAAUAUGAUGAGUAUGCAAAGUACGAUGAUGAUGAUGAAUACAUGGCUUCCCUUGAAAACGGUGAUGAUCCAAUCGAAGAACGAAAGGCAGCAUCCGCGCAGACUCAGGUCAAGUGGAUCCGAAAUGAAUUUGGACAUGGAGUCUUUGUCGGAAAGGUGCCAAGUGCUACGGAUGGUGGAAAUGGUGGAGAGGCGGCUAUCAUCAGUAGUAGGUUGAGGUCGAGGGAUGGAGAACCAGAUGACGGGAUUGACCUCAGUGGUGGCUUUGGAGGCUUCGUCUGCCGUGUAUGCGCUGAUGGAGGGGUUUACGAGGCCUUCAUCCGCGAUGCUUCCUACGAAAGAAUUGGAAUCGAAUAUGUGAGCGAGUUCAACACAGGAUCUAAGCAACCCCGCAAAGGAAAUGCCAGUCGGAAUAGGUUUGUUUCAGUAAGGCUCCCCUUCGAGUCAUUCAAACCUGUAAGGCGGCGGUCAGUUGGUGGUGAAAAUGGGCAGGAGACAAUCCAACCGUUCCAAGGUAAAGACGUUCGACACAUCGGGUUUCGAUUCCGAAGCCCUCAAAAUCAAAACGCACGUCGCUCAACGAGGCAGGAGAGUGGAAUGGCAAGUUUCUACAUUGCUCUGUCCUACAUGAAGCUUUACAGAAUACAGCCCGAACCAGAGAUUGUUUAUCUGAGCGACGCAAGGAUUCCUCCGGUUGUGCUGGACUCUCAAGUGAAACAUAACAUUCGCCAAAUUGUCCCUCUCCAGCAGAGUGUUUCAUCCGGUUUGACCGAGAAUUCGUAUCAGAUAUUUGAUGAACGUACCUUGAAAGAAAUGUCCUCUGACAAACAAGCUACCACUAGAAUACCGGAAGAGACGUAUUACAAGUAUCGUGGAGAAGAGAUUCUGAAGAACAGCGGACUGAGUUAUGCAAUCGUCCGGGUUUCUGGUUUCAACGAAUCACCAAGCAGCGAGGCCAGCACGAUCGAGCUGAAAUCGUCAAAUGAUGACAUCAACGACGUAUCAAGAGCGGAAGUGGCCCAGGUGAUUGUAGGCAGCCUUCUGGAUCCCAACGCUCUGAAUAAGAGUUUCUAUGUAUCCAAAAGAGUCAAGGGGAGCAGUAAGAACAUUGACGAGACCAUGUCCGCCAAGUUCUUGUCUCUUGCUACAGACACGGCAAAGCGAUAG